CUGCUUUUACUUUGAAAGUCUGUAACAGGAAGUAGAGUGGCGUUUUGCGCUGAUGCUAACAGCUUUAGAAGAUGUCUGGUACUUUCAGGGUUCUAAACAGCUUCCUCUGGGCUCGGUAUCGUUCGGGUUCCAGAGUUCUGCUACAGGGGAACCGGGCUUUGAGGUGUCCGGGAUGCAGGCAGUGGAGCUCGGAUACAAACACAGCUGCAGGAGCUCCUCGGCCACUAGAGGGCGUCAGAGUUCUGGAUCUGACCAGAGUUCUGGCGGGUCCGUUUGCCACCAUGAUCCUUGGAGACCUUGGAGCUGAGGUGAUCAAAGUGGAGAGACCAGGUGGAGGGGACGACACCAGAGCCUGGGGUCCGCCGUUUGUUGCCUCGGAGAGCGUCUACUUCCUGAGCAUCAACCGCAACAAGAAGAGCAUCGCUGUGGACAUGAAACAUGCGAGAGGAGCAGAGAUCAUCCAGCAGCUGGCAGCCGUAUCCGACGUCCUGGUGGAGAACUUCCUGCCGGGGAAACUUCCUCAGAUGGGUUUAGGAUACGCUGAGCUCAGCAGAGUGAAUCCACGGCUCGUCUACUGCUCCAUAUCAGGUUACGGACAGACGGGCCCUCAGUGUCAGAGUCCAGGAUACGACUCCAUCGCCUCGGCGGUGUCUGGGAUGAUGCACAUCACCGGCCCAGAGGACGGCGAGCCGGUGCGUCCGGGCGUGGCCAUGACGGACCUGGCGACGGGGCUGUACGCACACGGCGCCAUCAUGGCCGCCCUGCUGCAGAGACACAAGACGGGGAGAGGAGUUCACAUCGACUGCAACCUGCUGUCUUCUCAGGGCUUCAGAACCAAAGACGGACACCUCGUCGUCGCUGCAGGGAACAACAAGCAGUUUGUCAGAGUGUGUCAGGUUCUGGAUCUGCAGAAUCUCACAGAGGACCCAAAAUACAGAACCAACCAGCUGAGAGUCCAGAACCGCAAACAGCUGCUGCAGACCCUCUCACAGAGGUUCCUGCAGGAGACCACUGCCGAUUGGCUGAGGAGGUUCCAGGGCUCAGGUGUUCCUGUGGGACCAAUCAACAGCAUCCAGGAAGUGUUCUCAGAACCGCAGACGUGCAUCUGCCUGGAGCGCUACAUGGCCGUGGUCCACCCCACCCUCUUCCUCAGGUUAAGACCUCUGCGGUACCGUCUGGGGUUCUGCCUGCUGGACUGGCUGCUGAUCCUGCUGGACCUGACGCUGCCGUUGUUCUCCCCGAGCUUCGCCGUGGCCGCCUCCUACCUCAUCGGCAAGUCCGUCCUCUUCCUGUCCGUCCUGUCCUACUGCGGCGUCCGGGUUCUCCUGGUCCUGAAGCAGCCGGGCCCCGGCGACGGGAACCGCAGCGGCGAGAACUGGAACACGAUGAAGAGGAAGGCCUUUAAGGUGAAACACAACGGCCUGAUCCAGGAGAUGCAGCAUCCCACGGCCGGACGGGUCGCCGUGCCUGGUCCAGCCGUGCGUUUCAGCAGCUUCCCUCUGAGCGGGCCCACACCACCGCCCCUCAUCGGUCAGCACACCGUCCAGGUGCUGAGGGACACCUUGUCCUGCAGUGAUGAUAUCAUCAAGGAGCUGCUGGAGUCCAGGGCAGUUGCUCAGAAUGAAGUGUCCUGAUUGGCUGAAAGAGAAGAAGCUGGUAGGCGAAGAUGCCUGCCAGAGAACCAAUCAGAGGCUUAGAAUACGGAUCCUUUGAUGACGCUGCUGCGGUAACGCCGCUUUAAGUGAUGUUUUGUUCUGUAGGCUGCAGCACGGUGGAGGAGAACCUCAGAAACCGUCCAUGUUCUGCAGAACUGGGCCAACACUCCCUGCUCUACCACUGUAAAUCUGCUGCUGAAUAAAUUAUUUUCAUAAAUGGACACAUUUA